AUGUUACCCGCUUCUACUCGUCUAGUCGAUGCUGUGAUCAAAUGGCCUGGAUCGCAGGAAUCUAAUGAAUCGGGCUAUGCACUUGUUAAUGGAACGGAUGUUCCUAUGAUGCAAUAUAUUUCAAGAGAUUCUAGACGCUCGCAACAAAUGGGAAAAGCAAUGGCUUUUUUGAAAAGUAGACCAAGUGAGAGUGUGCAACGCGCUUUGGAAUGUUUUUCGUGGGGCGAUACUGCAAAUGGUCUUGUGGUAGAUGUCGGUGGUGCGAAAGAAACAGUUGGAAUUGAGCUUCUGAGAUUCCUUCCUAAGCUCAAGUGUAUUGUUCAGGAUAAAUUCGAAGUAGUUAGAGAUACGACGAUACCUGAUGAUCUGCAGGACAGAUUGAGUUUUAUGGCGCAUGAUUUCUUUCAAAAGCAGCCUGUAAAGGGGGCAGAUUUGUAUCUUAUUUGUAAUGUGUUACAUGACUGGUCUGAUAAAUACGCAGCGAGGAUUCUGCAAAAUUUGAUCCCGGCGUUGAAGAGAGGAGCGAGGAUAUUGGGUUGUGAUAGGGUGCUUCCGGCUCCGUGUACAUUGACGCCAUAUCAGAUGAGAAGACAGAGAGCAGAUGAUUUAUAUAUUAAAGGGAUUCAGAAUGCUAGAGUUCGCGAUCCGAACGAUUGGGAACUUUUCCUAUCGGUGGAUGAGAGGUUUAAGUCGUUUCAAGCGGGAACGGUUGGUGGGUCGGAGUUAUCUACGACUUGUGUUACUUGGGAGGGUGAGGAUAUGUUUGAGGUAUAA